CGCCCCACGCCCUCUCGCGGACAACCCGAAGAUCGCGAUUUUAAGUGACACAACUUAUCUCUUAUCAUCAUAACGCACUUAUAAAAAAUGAUACAUCGAAUUACCUCACGAGUGCCCAGAUAACGCGGUGCUGUGAUAAGGCGUAAACGAUUUGAUUUGGUUGCAAUUUUGUUAGUCAUUUUAAAAUACAGAAAUUAUUGUUUAUUGUCGCAAAACUUAAGUUAUCAGUUAGUUGCAGUCAGACCUGUGUUGUGAUUGUUGUGAAAUAUGUUUUUAAGACGGUAAACAAGUCGUUUCUUUGUCUUUCCGUAAAAAAAGAUAAUAACCAUGUUCAAAACAUUGAUAGCUUUUCCGCUAAUUUUAUUGUGCAGUGUAAACUGUGAACCGUGUCGAAGAGUUGAGAGUGUGAACAUUACGUAUGGUGAACAAUUUGAGAACAAUUCAAUAUUCUACGAUGGGUUGGAGUACACUGAAGGCUCAUGGUAUGAAGUCGAAGAAAACAAUGAGACUGUGAGACUUGGUUGCCCAUGUAUUGGACGAACAUGCUUAUGGAAGUGUUGUCCAAGCGGCCAACUCUUCGUCAAUGGGCAAUGCGUGGAAUAUGAGUUACCGGAACUCAAUCCCUUCAGUCCACAGAUAUUCAAAGACAGGGAAAGCCUGGAGAUAAAAGCGCACGAGCAUUUCUUCUACAUGUACAACAACAAGCUUUGUGAUUCCCGGUAUUUGGUGGACUCUAUGUGGGGCGAAGAAAUUUACAUUCAACAGAAUGGCAGUAUGAUGGAGGAUGUGGAAGGAAGAGUGCAGUGGCACAAGCCGGGCUACUUCUGUGUGGACAUAAUGGUUACGGACAACACCAGUCGGCUCAUCGCUGGUCCGUGCCAUCCGUCUGAGGUUCCAGUGGAAGAUGACAGCAAGACGCUGUACGUUAUGUACGCUGCUGGUCUCCUCCUCUCCGCUCCGUUCCUCCUGGUCACGUUCCUGGUGUACGCUUUCAUCCCUGAGCUCCGGAACCUUCACGGGAUGUGUCUGAUGGCGUACUGUGCCGGACUUAUCGUGGCGUACCCCUUCUUGGCGUACCUGAAGAUGCAUAGUGGAACUGUGGGUGUGGGGAAGACUGGAUGUGUUGUUAUUGCCUUCAUCGUAUACUACGCGUUUCAAUCCAGCUUCUUCUGGCUCAACGUGAUGUGCUUUGACAUUUGGCGGACAUUCAGGGGUUACCGAGGAGGCAGCAGUAAGAAACGCCACGAGCAACGCCGCUUCGCCAUGUAUGGACUGUACGCGUGGGGGGUACCACUGGUCCUCACUGCCCUCACCGCUUUCAUGCAGUUCGGGCCACUGCCGAAUUACAUCAUGAAACCAGGGCUAGGAGAUAUGAAGUGCUGGUUCGAAGAUUGGAAGCGCGAUCUCAUGUACUUCUUCACGCCAGUCCUGGCGCUGGUAUUGUGCAACACUAUCCUGUUCUCCGUGACUGCUCACCGCAUCCGCUCCAUCAAGCAGGAGACCGCCAUCUUGAAGAGCUCAGAGUCGGCAAGGAGUGACCGUCUUAAGAAGGAUAAGCAGAGGUACGGCCUAUACCUGAAGCUGUUCAUGGUGAUGGGUGUGAAUUGGUCUGUGGAGCUCAUCAGCUUCGCCGUGGGCGGCUCCAACUGGUACUGGGUGGUCGUGGACCUGUCCAACGUCAUGCUGGGCUUCUUCAUAUUCUUUAUCUUCGUGUGGAAGAAGAAGGUGCGGAACUUGGUCAGGAAAAGUUGGAAUAACUUCUGUGGCACGAGAACAGUAGCAGACGGGCUCGGGAAAUGGGCAACCCGGACGAGUUCGGCUCCGACCGAAGACACCCGAGUAUCGGCCGACGAGACCGCGAUCAAAAUGAAAGAGCUCCACUAAUUAUCACAGAACCGGAUGACAUGCCAUAUCAAAGCCAAAGAAUUCUCAUAAAUUGCGCAUCUAUAGUUUUAAGUACCUAAUAUAUAUAUAAGAUAUAAGUACUUAAGUUAAUUCAUCAGUUAAGCUAGUAUUGUCUUCGGUUACCGCGAUGGUUACUCAUAAUCCGUUUCCAUUGUUUCAGUGAAGCUAAGUAAGGUAAUCGGUUUUUUUUUACCUUUAAGUAUAUUCAUUCAUAGUUUCAAAAAGAGUGUACAGUAAACGGCGAUAAAGAAUGCACAUCGGCAUUUGGAAAGAGACAAUUAAUGUCACAUAAGCAAAAAAAAGACAACGCUAUACGAAGACGAAAAACCGAUGGGCAAUCAUUAUCGCCGGGUACUGUACGUUGUGUAAUGACUAGGCUAGCUAGCUUUUUAAUUCUAAUUACUAAGAUAUUUAAUACAGAUAUAGUGCGAAUAGCUUUUCGUUCGUAUUUUUCCGGCAACGUUCGUAUAUUGUGUUAGUAUUAGAUAGUUUGUGUUAGUUUGCAAUACCCUUACAGGGUGCCAUAUUGUGAUCCAAUCUUAGAAUUAAGAACAUCUGUAAAAAAACCAAUGUGGAAGCAAUAAACUAUUAUUAUUAUUAUUAUUUGUCAUGCUAGUUCAGACGGUGUCAGUACCUACGUCUGGUACUGAGACUGACUGAAAUAGCAUAACGCGUUCAUAUGUUUCCGUAAAAAUACGAAAGCAAAUCUUUUCACACUACAUGUACCUAUACCUGUGCAUAGGUACAGUUUGCAGCAACAUCAGUGUUGGCAUAUACCUAUUUAAAUAAGUAUGUUAUCUAUUCGUAUUUAGAAAACUUAUCAAUCUUAUCAUGGAGCAUUUUAGGGUUUUUGAAUCGGCGCUUCCGCUUUUACAAAUUCCGCUGCCGACUGUGCCUAGGUAUUUUGAAUAAAGAGUACAAAACUGUAAUUAAGUUACUAGAAUAGGCAAACUGUAAGUUGUAAAAACAAUAGAAUAGCUUUUGCAUCGUGUACGUUGCUAAAUUAAUUACGUUAAAAAAAUCAUAUUGUAUAAGUACGCAUAAGGGUUAGGUAAAUUUAAAAACGAGGCGUCUAUUUCUUUUCAUUUCAUAAGAAGCACUUUAUAUUCUGGCAACUUGGCAUGCCUUGCAAUGUAUCAAGUCUAGGGAUGUCACGAAUGUCGCAUGUGUCACAUUCGCGAAUGCGAAUAUUCAGAAUGCGAAUGUGCGAAUGCGAAUGCGAAUAUCGCUGAAUUUAAUAAAAAAACAAAAUAAAAACCAAGCAAUC